UGGAUACUCACUGAGCAAUGGGUGCUCUGGAGAACUAGGAGGACCUGAGACCCUGUGCUUCCUUGGUCUCCUAGGAAGGAGAGACUUGUCGGAUUUUCCCACUCGUGGCCCAUGAUCAGCCCUGACAGGUUGGUUUCUGGCUUUGAGACCCUUUCCUGUGGCUACUAUGUGUUUUGUGUGGAAGGAGCCCCUCCCAGUCAUCAUCAUCGGCAAUGGGCCUUCAGGAAUCUGUCUGUCCUACCUACUCUCUGGCUAUACACCUUAUGUGAAAGCUGAUGCUGUUCAUCCACACCCCAUCCUGCAGAAGAAGCUGACUGAGAAGCCACAUGUCUCCAUCCUGGACCAGGACCUAGCCUAUCUGUCAGAGGGCUUGGAGGGCAGAAGUCAAAGCCCUGUGGCACUACUUUUCGAUGCUCUCCUGCGCCCAGACACAGAUUUUGGAGGAAGUGCUGAGUCUGUCCUCACCUGGGAAAAUCAAGCCGAGCAAACGAUCCCCCACCUGGUCCUGGGUCGCAAUCUCCCUGGAGGUGCCUGGCAUUCCAUCGAAGGCUCCAUGGUGACCUUAAGCCAGGGCGAGUGGAUGGGGCUCCCUGACCUGCAGUUUAAGGACUGGAUGCGGAGGAAGCACAGGGGCCUUCGGGACAGCCGGGCUACAGCUGGGGACAUUGCCCAUUAUUACCAGGACUAUGUGGUAAAGAAGGGGCUCAGUCGCAACUUCUUCUGUGGCUCUGUGGUCACAGCCGUGGAUAUCGGGAACUCAGAGUCGGAGGAAAACAGGAGCCAGCAGGACGGGAGCCCCUUGUUCAUGGUGAGUGGCUUUAUGACCACCGAGGAUGGAAGCCAGCAGCCCUUCAGUCUCCGUGCCCGCAACGUGGUCCUGGCCACGGGAACAUCGGACAGUCCAGGCCGUCUAGACAUCGUGGGAGAGGAUCUUCCCUACGUUCACCAUGAGCUCUCUGCCCUAGAAGAGGCCAUGAAGACGGGGGCUGUGACCCCCGCCUCUGACCCUGUCCUCAUUGUUGGGGCCGGGCUGUCGGCAGCUGACGCGGUCCUCUAUGCUCGGCACUACCACCUCCCAGUGAUCCAUGCAUUCCGCCGGCCCGUGGAUGACCCUGGCCUCAUCUUCAACCAGCUUCCCAAGAAGAUGUACCCGGAGUACCAACAGGUGCACCAGAUGAUGCAGGAGAAGUCCAUCCUCUCCUCCAGCACCUCCCGAGGCUACUUGAGCCUGCCUAAACACCAACCCCUGCUCUUCCAGGAGGACCGGCAGGCUGUGUUCCGGGACCAAAAUGGGGAGCACAAGCUGUUCAGGGUCUCCCUUGUGCUGGUGCUCAUCGGCUCCUACCCUGAUCUCUCCUUCCUGGCCCAUGGAGGCAGUGACCUGACUGUGGACCCAGACCAACCGCUCAACCCCAAGAGGAACCCCAUUGAGGUCGACCCCUUCACCUACCAGAGCACCCGGCAGAGGGGCCUCUACGCCAUCGGGCCCCUGGUGGGGGAUAACUUUGUGAGAUUUGUUCAGGGAGGGGCAUUGGCUGUGGCCAGCUCCCUGCUAAAGGAGAAUAGGAAGCCCCCCUAGGGCUUCCUCUGCCCACCCUUCAUGCCCCCAACCUCACAGCCCCGGCUCAGACAAGGCAGGAGGCUUGCUUAGUCCUACCUGCUUCAGUGACUGGGACUCAGACCGUCCCAGUUCCAACAAGGGCCUCCCCUAGAGGGACGUCUCCCUGUAGGGAGACUACUUGUAUAUAAAGGGGGGAUGGGAAGGGCGGUGAUUCUAAAGACCAGCUCCUUGUUCAUAGACCAAAAUAUCAGGUCAGGCCUAUGCCCUGGGACUAGUACCAUGUUAGUGGGUCUGGCUGGACCAGGGUCUGAGAAGUAAACUUAGUGCUGACCAGCUCAAGCUUUCCUGAACCCAAACUGCAGGCCCCUAGAACUUCAGGUCCUCGGGGGCCCCAAAGCCUUGGCCAAUGAGCAUCACGGAUAAUUGUACUCAGCCUUAGGAGGCUCCUGGCCCCCGCUCUUCCCCAGCACUACACCUUCAAUAAACCAACUGGCUGCCAAA